CGUAUGCCAGUCGUUAUCUACUAUCAAAACUUUAUCAGUGAUAUUUGUUUAUCGAAAACACUAGUACUUAGACAGUUCCAGAGACAGCCUAGCUCCAAUACGUUCUUAUAUGUCAGUGGUGACGACGCAAAAUGAAGUUCAACAAGUCUGAAGCGGAAUACAGCAUGAAAUCUGUAAGAUUUCUACUCUUGACGAUUACAACAAUGUUUAUAAUAAUCGCCGGGCUCAUGAUCGCGUUGGGAUUCUCGGUAUAUGCCCAUUAUCACACGUUUUCGUUCUUCUACGAGGGCGCCAAAACCGGACGGUUGUUCUCGCCCUCUCUACUCUGCAUUCUGCUGGGCAUGUUCCUCCUCAUUGUCACACUCUUCGGAUUUUUCGGCAGCUUGAAGCAGAGCACUUGCAUGGUGAAUUUGUAUGCAUUACUUUUGACAAUUAUGCUCUUACUGAAGUUGGUUGUGAUCAUACUGGCCUUCACAUUGGAUGCAGGGACCAUACGGGACCUUUUAUACAUACCUAUUUCCCAAUACGCGUCGGAUCCAGAAAUUGAAAUGGAAAUCGAUCGGCUUCAAGUGUCUCUCAACUGUUGUGGCGGCGACUCCUACGCCGACUACGCCAAUGUGGAGUUCACAAGCAACCACUCCACAACGCUAGUCCCAACGCCCACUGGUGGUGACCGUGUGGCGAUAACUGUACCUCAAACUUGCUGCAGCCUCCCGGGAACGGAAAUCUGCUCUAGAAUGAGGGAACGAGGCUGUAAGACUGCAUUGGUGAUCCUUUUCUCGCAGAAUGCCAACGUUAUUGGAGUACUGGGGAUUUCUGUCAUGUUUAUUCAGUUGUUGGGCAUAAUUUUUGCACUGCUGUUAGCGAGAUGCAUCCGUAAAGUGAAAAGCGAAAGGGGUCUGUUCUCGUGGAAGAUUAAGGAGCACAUGAUACUGGCGCGCCAGGGCGAGGACACGAAGAAGCAGAAAGAAACAGAUGACAGCGUCUACAUACCACCCCAUGAGUCAAGCACUGCUUGAACAAUCACAUAUUAAUUUCUAUAACUUUAUUAUUAAAUACUCUAUGUUUAGAUUAUUAUGUUAUGUCCUUCACAUUACACUUUUAAUCUAUAAUAAAAUAAAUAGGUAUGUCCGUCUGAUAAGUUUUCGCGACGACGUUUACAACUUAGACACUAUUGAACCGAUUUUGACGGGUAGUUUUCUUCUGAAGACUACUUUUUAUCCUGUAAAAAUUGCUUUAUCCUCCGGGAAACCUGGUUCAUAUUAUAUUUAUGAAAAAACAGACUGAACCAUGGACUAGCAUUAUUAAUAUUUGUGCAAAACAAACCGAGAUAAUAGAAAUAAUCGUCGUUCAUAAGAUACGAUUAACGUAUCUAUAUUGUUGUUUACAAAUCUGUAUUUUAUUACGGUCAUUGUUUAAUAAAUAACACAGUAAUUAAAAA